UCAAAAUCACUAGUCAAAUUUGGUCAAAAUCAAUCUGCUGGUAUUGUCAUCCACCAUACAAGCAUUGAGCAAACCGCUGAUUAAGAUUAGCGUGGGCUCACAAACAAAUGGCUGACAAGAUUCUUCUUCGUGCUUAUAAGGGUCAGGCAAAGUCUGUAAACUUAAGCAACAGAAAUCUACCAAGUGUGCCAAAUCUUAUAGGUAAACUUUCGAAAGUAAAAAGUAUUGACCUAAAAAACAACAAGAUUUGUUCUUUGCCCAAAGAUUUUAGCGUGAUUACGCAGCUGGAGAACUUGAAUCUUGGCAACAACAUUUUGGAAGAGCUGCCGGCAGAAUUGGGCCAUUUGGUCAAUCUAAAAAAACUCCAUUUGUUCGCAAAUCACAUCAUCAUCCUCUCUUCCUUCGUACUGUCCGCCUUGCAGCAUCUGACAUUUCUAAACCUCAACGACAACAAAUUGACAAGUUUGCCUCCGGAAAUCGAAAGGCUGGUAUCCCUGCAAUUUUUGAGCGCGAACAAGAAUAGACUGCAAAGUAUCCCGGAUGAGAUUUGUCAUCUAACCCACUUGACCGAGCUUCACCUGGCAGAUAACUUCCUUGAAAGUUUACCAGAAAAUAUCGGAUUUCUGAAAAACCUGACACGUUUGAUUUUGUACAAGAAUCGACUAACUGAGCUACCACAGGGCUUGUCAAAAUGUUGUAAAUUAGAAUACCUCGAUGUCUCUUGCAAUUUCAUCAAAUACUUUCCGGUCAACUUUUAUGCUUUGCCUUUACGAGAGCUUUAUUGCGAAGGAAAUAAUCUAUUGAAGCAUCUUCCCCUUCAUUCUGAACAAGUUGAAGAGGUCUUGUCGCUCAAAGAGUUGACGGCGCGUUUUGUAAUGAAGAAGAACAGAGAUAAACGAUCCCAUAUUCGUGUGCAACUUCGCGAAUGUCCCGAAAUAAAAGAUAUGCUUUCCUUUGCCGGGGAUUGUGCCUUGUGUGGUGAAUCGUUUCUUAACACAUGGUUGGAAUGCGUCAGUUUUAUUGAUUGUAAAAAGGGUCUGGGGACAAGGAACUCACCCGGAAUCGUACCCAUCAGAGGCCAGCUGUGUUCGUACAAGUGCUUCAAUUCUGAAGGCCAUGAUUAUUUUGGCAUAGCACAAGUGGAUGGUGGACAAUGAAUGAUAGUCAUGGACAAUCCGAUGAUGUAUGAUAAAAUCAAUAUCUCCACCGAAACAGUAAACAUGGAAGUUUUGAAAAGGAAGAGCACAGAUUUUGUCUCAGAAUAUAAAUAAGGAAGAGGAACUUAAGCUGAAUGAAGUCAUUUCAGUCAGUCCUAUGGAUCUUUUAGGCUUUCAAGACAUUAUCAAUGAGACAUUAAUAUACAAAUGUACGUGUAUACGAUGAUAAGCAGUGAUUUACUGUCAAUAAUGACCUAAAAUGAUCCAAGUAUGUUAAUAAUUGAGGAACUAUUUACGUCACGUAGAUCUUUUCUGGAAUCAUCUAAUUGGUGUGAACCUUAUUUAAACAUCAAAAUAUGACGCCAUGUAAUCCCUUCAA